GGGCCUCUUUGCCUGCCGCCUGCCGAGUGAGGUGUAUUUAUAUGUUGUGCCCUGCUGCCUUGAGAAUGAAAGGUUUUCCCCCUUUCCGGAACCUCGGAAGCAGCCCAAAAAGACUCUGCGUCUGCAUCAAAGACAGUUCUCGACACGGAGGAUGGCCGAAGGGAGAGUCUGCAGCCGUGCGCCGGACAAGUUCUGCUACGUGUGCGGGGAGUUCAUCCGGACGGGGAAGAACAAGUUCUCCUUGGCCACGUCGGUGAGGAUGCGCGAGGCGUACGAGGCCUACUUCGGGAUGCCCGUCAGGCACCAGGACAAGGCCUGGGUCCCGCACAUCACGUGCGAGUUCUGCAAGAAAACCCUGGAAGGCUGGUACCGCGGAGAGCGGCGCGCCAUGCGCUUCGGCGUCCCGCGCAUUUGGGCCGAGCCCACCGACCACACCACGGACUGCUAUUUCUGCCUGGCGGAACCGUCCCGGCGCCGGCCCACGAGGAAAGCCCACGCAAUAACUUCCUUGGAUAUCCCGUCGUCGGUCGCACCGGUGCCGCACAGCUCGGAACUUCCUGUCCCCGUUGCUCCUCCGAGAGAGCGGCCGGUUGACGAGCGCCGCAACCACGAGAGCAGCCACGAAGACGCCCAGGAUCCUGACUACAGCUCUGCGUCAGAGGUCAACGGCGAAAGGGACCCCUAUUAUCCCAACCAGAAGGACGUCAACGAUCUGAUCAGGAGCCUUUGCCUCAAAAAGGCCAAGGCCGAGCUGCUGAUUUCCAAGCUCAAGCAGUGGGACUUGUUGCACAAAUCGGGGCAAGCGUCAAGGCAGAGGUUGCGGCGGCCUCGCAAACCCCGCAAAACCACAAGUCUCUAGGUUCCUUUUCAUCUAUUCACAGCAUUCGGGUUCAAAUAUAGGAUUGGUUUGAUAUACCAAGUGGGCAUUAAAUCAAUCCGAGUUAUCUGCACACCCAAGUCAUCGUCUCCUUCAGUCUCAGACUGGACCUUGAAGCCAAUAACACCAAACGGACAUUAAAUCAAUCACGCGAUCAUCUGCACACCCAGAUAUUUGUAGAUACUUCACCAGUCAUUAAGUUCAUGACUCUAUAGCCUUUAUUUGCAGGUGCAUAACCAACUAAAAUAGUUUGUUCAGAUCUACAGUCCAACUUGUGCCUUUUCUGCUUGGGAAUGUAAGCAUAAGCUAUACUUCCAAACUUUUUGAUGCGUUUCAUACUUGGCACAUUACCAGUCCACAACUCAAAAGGAGUUUUAGUAGCACCUUUCGUUGGUAGACGAUUCUGAAGAAAAGUAGCAGUGGCAAAAGCUUCGCCCCAGAGGCAAUCUGGAGGAUUUACAUCUUUUAACAUACACCUUGUCAUCUCAACUAGAGACCUAAGCUUCCUUUCAGCCACUCCAUUUUGCUGAGGAGUAUAAGGAACACUCUUAAUAUGCUGAAUUCCAUUCUCUUACAGGAAUCUGUGUGCGAUGUGAAGUGUACUCACUACCACAGUCAGUUUGAAUAGCUUUUGGUGUGCAUCCAAACUUAGUCUUCAUCAUAGCAACAUAUCUCUGCAACAUGUCUUGAGCUUCAGAUUUGUCUUUCAGAAUAUAAGAAACACAAAACCUUGAAAAAUCAUCUAAGAAAAUAACUGCAUAAUUAUUUCCUCCAAAUGAAGUCUGGACCUUUAAACUAACUCAUAAAAUUAUCUAUCUAUAUAUAUGAAAGAGUGAUGGCAUCACGGCAGCAGACAAGACAACAAAAGUAAAUGCCCCACAACCUUGAAAAUUGACAGCACAACCCCUCAUCCAUGCCUCUAGGUUGAUACAACAAAAAGAAAAGAAAAAUAAAGUCCUAAUUAGAGGGAGAGGAAGAAUUGUUUUUAUACAAUUGCUGCCAGUUAGAAGGCUAAGCUCUGUUCACUUGGUCUCCUAGCAACCCACUCAGCCCAGGGGACCCUUUACCUUAACUACCACCAAUUCCUCAAUACUUUAUUUCCCAUACCACCAUAUGGGCACAGCUAGUGUUUUUUUAAAUCCUUAUUCCCUGAAACUCAACAAUUUUGUAUUCUUCCUUAAUGCCAUUUUAACAAAGUGUUUGCAAUUUAAUGAAUUUUUUUAAUGUCUUUAUGAUAGAAGCAAUUAUGGAAUGGCACUUAUCACCCUGGAACAACAACUGUUGCAUAAUUAUUAUUUUAUUUCUUACAAUCACACUCAUAAUAACAAUUGUACGUCUUACAAUCACAGCCAUAAUUUUGCAAUUUAAUGGAUUUUUUUAAUGUCGUUAUGAUAGAAGCAAUUAUGGAAUGGCACUUAUCACCCUGGAACAACAACUGUUGCAUGAUUAUUAUUUUAUUUCUUACAAUCACACUCAUAAUAACAACUGUACGUCUUACAAUCACAGCCAUAAUUUUGCAGUUUAAUGGAUUUUUUUUAAUGUCUUUAUGAUAGAAGCAAUUAUGGAAUGGCACUUAUCACCCUGGAACAACAACUGUUGCAUGAUUAUUAUUUUAUUUCUUACAAUCACACUCAUAAUAACAAUUGUAUGCCUUACAAUCACAGUCAUAAUUUUAUUAACACCAUUCUCGGCAUACAAAAAAUUUUAUUAACACCAUUUCCGGAUACAAAAGUUGGCUACGUUGCACUUGUAAUAACAGCACUUCAAUAAAAUGUGUUCUGUUGUUUCUACUUCGUUUCCUUCACAGGAACAUAGUCUGUGGGAGUAAGGAAUUCUAGAUAAUCUGAAGGAAAUAUAUUUAAUCGCGCCUUUGUAAUAAUCUGUAAUAUUUGAUCACUGUGAGACUUUUUGGGUAUUUGCAUGUCUUAAAUCAAUGAUGGACAACCUUUUGCAUUUGGUGUGUCAGAAUUCACCAAAAAACCUAGCAUGACUUGGGUGGUGUGUCACUUUGAGAAAAAAAACAACAUAAUUUUGCAAUAUGUAUAGUAUAAAUAACAAAAAUGUAUAUAAUUGUAAUAUAUAACUGUAUUUAAUAAAUCAAAAACUAUUUACUACCAUUA